GGCGCAAUGUUCUCUCUCUGCAGGUCAGCCGAACUUCCCUGACGACGCGAGCCGGCGCCAUGGACAACGGCGGUGCAACAGAGCCCAUGUUGAACACGUCAGAUGAGGUUGCUGUGCUGAUCGAGGAGAGCCAACAAGAUGGCGAAUCAGACGACCUUCCUCUGGAAAUAUUUCGAGAAGAACACCAGGGAGCGAGAGCAUCUAGACUGACACGUUCUCCAGGCAGAUAUACGAAUACCGUUAAGACAAACAUGCACCAAGCAGCGGAAGUAGGAGAUGCGAACCGGCUCCUGCAACUGAUACAAGAGCGACCGGAUCAUCUAAGCCAGCAGGAUGAGAACGGGCACGUCCCCCUCCACCUGGCCGCCAGGGGAGUACACCUCGAGUGCUGCGAAGUCCUACUGUCUGCCAGCAUCAAGGAAGUUAAUGUGAAGGACAAACUGGGCAACACUCCCCUACUAUUGGCGCUCACUACCGGCGACAUGUCCUUCAAGAUCGCCGAGCUGCUGGUGUUCAAGGGAGCCUCCGUGAAGACUGCCAACCGAGCCAAGCGAACGGCCCUGCAUCUGGCAGCGGAGAAAGGCAACGACGAAAUUCUAACGCUCCUCGUUAGCAACUGCCCCGAGAGUGUCCACGCAAGGGAACCGAGCAGCAGACGCCUCUCCAUUUGGCGGCUCGCUGUGGCCACGUGA